AAAAUCAAUCGUUCGUCACAUCAGUGUGAUCAGUCAGAGGAGUGGGUUUCGUAGUGCGCUGCCGCCUGCCUGCAUCCGUACAAUGGGUUCUGACGAAGAGAGCGUAAGAGUUGUCAAGAAUGCAACUGAUUUACAACGUCUGAAAUUAGAAAAGCUCAUGAAAAAUCCUGAAAAGCCAGCCUUCAUUCCUGAAAGACCUAAAGAGAAGAAGUUCCCAAAUGCUCCAGAAUUUGUGAGGAAUGUUAUGGGGUCUAGUGCAGGAGCAGGCAGUGGUGAAUUUCAUGUCUACCGUCACAUCAGACGCAGAGAAUAUGCUCGACAAGAGUUUCUUCAUCAGAUGUCUGAAAAAGAACGUUUGGAUUAUGAAUAUCACUGCAAGCUGAAAGAAAACGAGCGCAGCACUGCUGAGAAAGCUGCUAAGAAACGAGCCAAGCGACAACGCAGGAAGCAACACCUCCGAGCCAAGCGCAGCAAAGGGGCGCCGGGGAACAAGAAUAACAGCAGCAGCAGUUCUGAGACUGAGGACAGUGAGGAGAGUGAAGAGGAGAAUGUGCCUGGAAAUUCUGCAGAGAAAGAUGAGGAAGCAAACAAAUGUGAGGACAGAGUGAAGGAGUCUGAUGAGAACUGUGUUGUUGAGGUUAAUGGAAAUAAUCUACCUGAUUCAUGUGAUACAAACGUUAGUCAAAACAACAUGCAGGAUGAGAAAGAAGAAGCAACAAGUUCUGAUAUCCCCAGUGAGGAAAAGGCUGGUGAAAGUACAUGCACUAAGAAAAGUCUCAAAGAAUUGUUGAAUAAAAAUAUUUUGAAAUUGAAAGAGAAGGAGGAUACUUGAUUAGGAAAAUUUUUCCGAAAGAGUUAGUAAUUAUUGAGAAGUGUUUAGUUAGCUUGAUUAUAUAGUACCAGCAGAACACAAUGAGGAAGAAAAUUCAAUAUUUGAAAUAAAAGAAGAUUGUGAUCUGUGUAAAUAUUUGUGUUAAGAUUGUGAUCUGUGUCCUGAGUUCAUUGAACUUGAGAAUCCUGACAAAUAUCCAUUGUUGCCAUUCAUGUGUCGAAUGAAACUGGUCAAAGAAUAUUAUUGCGCGAUUCAUGUCAUUGUUUCAUUCAACAAUUGUGUUCUCGUCAGUUAAAUAUGUCAUUUUGAGCAAGAAAUGAAUACCUACGUUUGGCUUACAUCCUGCAAGAUGCCCAUAUCCUGGCAGCCUCUUAAUCUGGAGCUUUUUUAGGCUCUUGUUCUUUUCUUUCUCGUGACCUGAAAUGAUAUUUUUAUAAAGUAAAAUAUUAGUUACGGUAUCGGUUGCUAGGCCUGUGCAUUGUUAUUGACAAUGCACAAGAAUUAAUGAAGCCAGUUAAUUUGUAAGAAAUACACACUUGGAAUUUUUGUGUCUAAGUUUUGUGUUAACAUCUUUUCAAUGAAGAUGACAAUAUCUCCCGCUUGUUAUGCUUCCAUAAUUGUUUCUUAUUCGAAAAGUAAGUUAAGUCAACAAACACUAUGCUUAAUGGGCAAAAAUUCUUGUAGGAAGAUAAUGUUAUUCCGAAGUAUUAAUUUAUAGCAGCGCCUUGAAAUUGUUGCAAAAUGUUAGUGAAAAACAGCCAGAUGUUUAUCAGGCUCUGUGUUAUUAGUUUCAACUUACGACGAAUCAUAUCAUUUGGUAUGCUUAAAAAUGAGACCACUACCAAUAGUAUGAUUAUUAAUUCACCUUAGGGAGCCACAGUUCUUGGUGAGGCUGCGAAGUUGGCGAAUUUGUUCCUCUUGCUGCUCAGUCAGCUGCUGCAGUCGCGACACUUGAGACAAUAAUUUGCUAUUCUCCUGCUCAAAAACUUACAUUGUAAGUAAAUGAUGAAAUUCGCAUGAUCUUUCUGUUAUAAAUAAUUCUGAGCACUAGAACUGGGAACCGAAUGUAUGUUAAGAUUUGCUGGAACAAGUAUAUAUUGUCGCAACAUACGAACUUCCGCUCUACUGAUCGCGUGCUAUUUGCUAGACUUGAAGAAUUUGUUUGAAAAACAAUCCGCAGUUAGUUACUUGUAAUUAUUACUUGACACUGACAUGCUAAAAUGAAUGCCCCGAACUCCAUCAGAGUUGUACGAGAUCAGCUCAUUGCCUCGAAGAGAAAAGCUA